AUCCCCUGCUUGUACGAAAUAUCUUGUUGUUGAUUUUGAUUAGUUUUCCACAAAGAAAUGAUAAAAACAAUCUGAUAAAAAUGGGUUUUCUAACUAUACUAAAGAAACUCCGACAGAAGGAGAAAGAAAUGAGAAUUCUCAUGUUAGGUUUAGAUAAUGCUGGGAAGACUACUAUAUUGAAGCGAUUUAACGGCGAACCGAUCGACACGAUCUCGCCAACCCUCGGCUUCAAUAUCAAAACCUUGGAGCAUCGUGGAUACACGUUGAACAUCUGGGAUGUCGGCGGCCAAAAAUCGUUGCGAUCAUACUGGAAGAACUACUUCGAAAGUACAGAUGGUGUAGCGUGGGUGGUGGACAGCGCGGAUGCGCGGCGGCUGGCUGACUGCGGGCGCGAGCUGCGCACGUUACUGCGCGAGGAGCGGCUGGCCGGCGCUACGUUGCUAGUGCUGGCUAACAAGGCAGACCUACCAGGAGCUCUCUCAUUGCACGAGAUAAGAGAGGCACUUGAUUUGGACAGCAUUAAGACACAUCACUGGCGCAUUGUGAGGUGCUCAGCUGUCACUGGAGAAAAUCUUCUCGAGGGCAUGGACUGGAUGCUUGAUGAUAUUGCCUCUAGGAUAUUCACAUUAGACUAAAUGAGC